AUGAAAUCACAAGCGCACUACGGAAAUACCUUAGAAGUCGGUCACGGCGUGGACUUUGACGCAGAACUACCAAGUGCUUUGGACUCAGACGAUGACUCAGACGAGACCAACCACAAUGUUGAUGAAGAAGCGUUAGCUAUGGAGCGAGAAGCGUCACUCAUUAUGUCUUAUCGGAAAUACUUCAGGCGCGUUCGUGACACCGCUCCUACAGAAGUCAAGAAGAAACUCGAGAUCCCUUAUUAUGCGUUGAGCAUAGCCAUCGAGACUACAUGUUUAUCCCGACGGGAGCGUACACUCGCGAGCACGAUAAUCACUCAUGGUGCCUCGUGGCCCUACCUACGUAGUCAGAGUCAUCGGGGUCCCGUUCAACUGACUGUGCCAAAGUUCUACUUCAAGUCAAGGUGA